AUGAAAGACGAGUCGCCACUUCGUGACCAGGCAAAUCCUCCUGCCUUGGACGUCGAGGAGGAAUCUGAAGCAGCUCGAUGGGAGAGAAAAGGACGAGAAAGACCAGAGAAGUUCCAGACAACAGCACAAGAGAUCGGUUUCAUCUUCGCCGUGGUCAUGGCACAACUCAUGUCCGAAUUUUACGUUUCUGGCUUCAUCGUUCUGAUACCAACACUGGCCACUGAACUCAAUAUUCCACCUGCAUCGACGACAUGGCCAGCAGGGGCUUUCUCACUCGUUGUAUCGACGUUCCUACUUCCACUUGGUCGAAUUGCCGACAUGUAUGGAGCAUAUCCUGUUUAUGUAGGCGGAAUUGUUUGGACGGUGGUUUGGUCCAUUAUCGCUGGAUUCUCGACCAACGAAAUUAUGCUGGACGUCUGUCGUGCGUUCCAAGGGUUUGGCCCAGCUGCAUUCCUCCCGGCAUCCAUGGCUUUGCUCGGCAGCAUAUACAGACCAGGACCAAGAAAGAAUCUCGUCUUUUCCAUUUACGGCGCCAUGGCCCCUCUGGGUUUUUUUGCUGGCAUCUUCUUUGCGGGUAUCUCGGCUCAGUUUGCCAACUGGAGAUGGUACUUUUGGAUCGGCGCCAUCAUCAGUGCAUUCAGCGGGCUAGCUGGCUUCUUGACAAUUCCCUCGGACAUUGCUGAGAGGCGAGCGAUGAACGUCAAGAUGGACUGGCUCGGUACUUUCACCAUCUCCGUUGGCAUCAUCUUGAUGGUUUUUGCAUUGACAGGAUCUUCUGGUGCACCGCACGAAUGGGCAACCGACUAUAUCAUUGCAACCAUGGUCAUCGGUGUAGUCUUCCUAGGCCUUUCUGUGUAUGUGGAAGGCUGGGUUGCCGAAGCACCUCUUCUCCCACCAGAGCUGUUCAAGAUCAAGUACAUGAAACCUCUUGUCCUGGCUUUGUUGCUCACCUACGGUGGUUGUGGAAUCUACCUGUUGUACGCGACAAACUACAUGAGCGAGAUCAUGAAUGGUACCCCUAUGCAGCUUGUAGCCUGGUGGUCUCCAGCUGCAAUCGGAGGCUGCAUCAUUGCCACUGUGGGCGGCUUUGUGUUGCAUCUGCUUCCUGGUACAAUACUCAUCGGCAUUGCCUCAGUCGCAUGGAUUAUCGCACCAUUGCUUUUCGCUCUCGUUCCUGUGGGUGGGCAAAACUUCUGGCCGUGGGUGUUCCCAGCGAUGGUGUGCUGCACAAUUGGUAUCGACAUCACCUUCAACGUUACCAACAUUUUCAUCACAACAAGUUUACCGACUCGCCAACAAGGACUCGCAGGUGCACUCAUCAACAGUCUGCUCCAAUUGGGUAUCGCAGUUGCGCUCGGGUUAGCGGAUAUAACAGUCUCUCAGACAGCGGACCAAGGAGUAGCGCAGAAAUACAAGAAUGCAUUCUGGCUUGAAGUUGGGUUGGCUGGUGCGGCGCUUGUGGUUUUCCUUGGGUUCGUCAAAGUGGAUAAGGCAAAGAGUCAAGCGACGGCAGACGAGAAGUUGCAGCAGACGUGA